AUGGGUUACGGACCACCUCGUUCAGGAAAAACGGCUCUCACCAAAUAUUGGUGUAAAAAUUUUUACUGGCAAUAUAUAAAUGUAGCUGAUAUGAUUCGAGAAUAUACUUCACCACCUAUGUUAAAAGACGAAGUUUUGGAGAAUAUUCGAACCAAAAGUGGUUUUGAUAUUUUUUAUAUAAAUGAAUAUAAGCAAGAUAUUAUUGAUUUGAUACGAAAUGAAAUAUUAUCGAAAUUAAAUGAUAAAUUGUCCAUACCAGGAUUUAUUAUUGAUGGUUUUCCGCCAAAUAGUAAAAAAGCAGAAGAAUUUGAGAAAAAUAUUGGAUCUGUGAGUAUCGUUAUUCAUUUAUAUCUAACAUUAAACGAUGUCAUUCAACGUUUUCGUGAAUAUAUAACAAAAGAUAAUAUGCAACAAUCCGUUAAUUUACAAACACUUUUACAACGAUUAGAAACCUAUAUGGAUGAAGAAAAAACAGUAUCCAGUUAUUUUCUUCAAAAAGGCAAAUUAAAUGAGUUUGAUGCAACGAUGAAUUUUAACUCAUUAACAAGUGAAAUAUUUGAUACAUAUCAAAGACAUUUUUUAGAUACAGAACAUCGAAAAGAUUAUAACCAACCAAAAUCAUUGUCAGUGGAUUUAGAAAAAUAUUCUGCCGAAUGCCUCAUCUAUGUUUACAAUGUACUCGAUAGUUUAAAUAAACAGUAUACAUUAAAUAUGAAUUAUAAGUCAGAUUGUCUAGAUUGUACGAAAAAUCUAAUUAAUAAUCGACUGGAAGCAUUCAAUUAUACAACAAACGAUUCACUACGUUAUAUACGAGAAAAUUUUAGAUUAGAAACUAUGUCUUGCGGACGUCAUAGACGUGCUGUUUCUUCAAUAUUAAAUUCUCAAUUACGUAAUCGUCAUGAUGUAAAUUCUACAACGAAUGGAACAAAAACGAGUCGUCAUUCAAAAUCGAAUGCAAAAAAGACUAAACAAUCACAAUUAUCUAAAAAUAUAUCAGAGGAAGCUACCACUCAUUUCGAAAAAUUUAGAAUCCUCGAUGAGAACGGUAUUAAUUUUACACCGCGACCACUUCAUGACUAUGUUCGUGUUAAAGUUCGACUAACUGAUAAAGUACCGAUAACAUUAGACCAUCAACAAGAAUCUAUACUAAGAUCACAAGAAAGAACUGGACAAUUUUCACAAUCAACGCAGAUGACAGCUGGACUAUUUUCUGUCGGCACAUUCAUUUUCAAAAGUGAUGAUAUAAGAGAUGGAAUAAAUCAAUCCUAUACAAUCAAUCAACUAGCAGAAAAAAAUACUGAUGGAGAAGAUACUGCACGGUUUCUGCCAGGUGUAAGUUUAAACUGGAUUGAGCCGACACUUGAAAUAAUUCAAUUAUUAGAGACUGAAACGAUAUUUAUACUAAAUUUGGUAAGCCAUGUUGUCUUGAAAGAUGAUGAAAUUGAUUAUAAUACAGUAUUAGAACGAAAUCACAUUUAUAAUGAGUUUUGUAAAAACCGACACGGAAAUGAUUUAUACAUUGAACGAGGAAUGCAGACGUUCAAUAAUCUUCCAAAACAUGAAGCAAUACAAACAGAUUCAGUUUACGUAAAGUCGGAGAGUGUGUGGGCUACGACAUGGGACAUGGCUGAUUCACUUCUAGAAGCAGAACAAUAUGAAGGAAAAGUCUAUUCACAAAUUGGUGAUAAAAAGCGUGCAGAGAAAAUUCUACGUUAUGUCGAUCAACACGGUGAAGUGUCAUCGUUACAGCAAAAGUUGCUUUUUAAUUCGACAGCCACAUCACCGUCAUCGAACAUCUCAUUUUUUAAGCUUCCACCGAUUGAUGUCGAUGCUUUCAUUAUGGAACGAAUAUUGAAUACUGGAGCAUAUCAACAUAAACAAGCUAUCUAUCGUGGUCUAGAAACAUCUAUGACUAAACAAGAGAGUAAAGAUACAUCUUCUUUCAAUGUACUCGAUGUCAAAAAGGGCUCAUCACUAGGUGUCCGCAUGAACGACAGUCAAAUGAUGAGCCCGCAAAGAUUGACAGUGAAUCAUUUGAGCUUAGAAUGCUUAUGGUCCUAUACCACUUAUUUAACUUACGGAAGAAAUUUUCCUGAACGUUAUUAUGAAACAGAAGCGUCAGUAUCAGCCAUUGCAUUUUCUAUAAAACAUCCAAAUCUUUUAGCGGCGAGGAAUAUCGUCGUGUUUGAUGUACAUAACAAUAAUACUAGUCCUAUUAUCGAUAUAAGUGAAUAUGAUAAAAAACACACGAAUCCUGUGUGGCAACUAUCAUGGACCGACCGUCCACACAGGGGACAAUUAACGGAAACACAAACUCUUGAAGUGCUUGUCUCUAUCUCAGCCGAUGGUCGUGUUACACAGUGGACUCUACGGAAAGGACUUGAAUCAAGUGAUUAUAUGCGCCUUAAACGCUACAAUGUUUCUCAAGCAUUAUGCCACACAUUGAGAAAAAAGGAUGGUACCUAUGCUGAAGGCUUAUUUUCGCGAUAUGUAGGAGGUUUAUGUUUCGAUACUCGACCGGAUGAGAAAAGUAUUUAUCUUUGUGGAACAGAAGAAGGGCUAAUACAUCGUUGUUCAACAGUCUAUAAUGAACAAUAUUUGGAAUCUUAUGUGGGACAUUUAGGUCCCGUUUACAAAGUAAGAUGGUCCCCAUUUGUGAAAAAUGUUUUCCUCUCGGCCAGUGGUGACAUGACCGUAAAAUUAUGGCUAAUAGAAAGAACAACACCAUGUUUAACAUUUUCAUCAAGCACGUGUAUUGUGGUUGGUACUAGUGAUGGUGGAGUUUGGGUUUAUCAUCUAGAGAACUUGCCAGUACCAACAGUGGCACACGAGCUGACAUAUAUUAUUGAACAAAGUUUAAUUAGUCGAUUAGAAUCCGUCCAGGCUGAUGAAUAUGCAAAGUCAAUUAGAGACGGAUCACUCAUAAACUAUUCAAAUGAAAGUAGACACUCAUAA